UCUCAGACAAAGACACAACAUAACUGCUAGAAGAAGACAGAAUAUAUGUUGGUGUAGGUUCUUUUAGUCGUACGAUUUACGAUGACCAACACAAAGGAAACAAAAGAAUCAAAGGCGAAGUCUCCGGAGAACAAAAAUGCUCCUGUGGAGACUAAAAAAGCUGCAAAGAAAGGUCGGAUUAGGCCUCGAAAUUAUAACUUAGGAAAUGGUGUUUAUAGGUUUAGCCGAACCCGUAUGUACCACAAGAAAGCCAUCUACAAAUUUAUUGACUCCAAAACUCCAAAAACUGUUAAGCCUAAGAAACCAGUCACUAUUGAAAAGAAGAUUAGUGGUGACAAAAAUGGAGAGAAACGUAUUGUAUUAUUAAAGAAGAGGCGUGCAAACUAUCCUACUGCAGAUCCAGUAACUGUACACCAUGCUAAGAAAUGUUUCCGUGACCAUCGUCGUUAUCUGAGACCUUCCUUGAAACCAGGAACAAUUUGUAUCCUAUUAGCUGGUGCUCAUAAAGGAAAACGUGUUGUUUUCUUAAAGCAACUUAAGAGUGGUUUACUCCUAAUUACAGGUCCUUUCUUGAUCAACGCUUGCCCACUCCGUAGAGUUAGUCAAAAUUAUGUGAUCGCGACUUCUACGCGUAUUAACAUUUCUGGUUUGAAGAUUCCGGCUCACGUUAACGACGAUUAUUUCAAGAGGAAACGCGAGAAACGCGCAAAGAAGGAAGAAGGUGAUAUCUUCAGCAAAAAGAAGGACGAGUACAAAGCAAGCGACCAGAGGAAAGCUGAUCAAAAAGUGGUUGACAAAUUUGUGAUUUCUGCUAUCAAGAGAAACAAAGAGAAAAAGAUGUUAUUCACCUAUUUAUCAGCGAUGUUUGGACUCAGAAGCAGCCAGUAUCCACACAGAUUAAAAUUCUAAUCUUUUGUGAUUUGAAUACAAAUAUAUAAUAAAUACAGAAA